AGCAAAGGUCAUUAUAUCUUAUCAGGUGAACGUGAAAUGGAUCAUAUAUCAAACUGAACACGGUCAUAUCUUCGAUUUUUGUCAAACUUUAUACUUCUACCGCUUCCUGAUUAUAUCGAUUAAACAAUUUACGAAAAUUAUCAUGGAAGAAUAAUAGUUUUUAAUACGCGGAUUUUUAUUAGGAUAGCGUCGAAAGAUUGUUUAAUUGAAGUUUCACGAAAAGCAACUUGGAUAUACUCAGAACUUCAACGCGAUAGAUGUUCAAGUAUGUUCAGCGAGACUAAAAAUUACGCAAAUGGAAGAACAGCCUCUGGUUCUAACUCGGCGGACGAGGAGAAUGAAAAAAUCGCGUUUCGAGAUUCGUUCACGCCUCGGCUUUUCCCCUCGUACAGACUGUACGUGGCUUUUAUGACUUCAUUGGCCCUCUUUCUUGGCUAUGCUCUGCUGACUGACUUCAGUGUUGCUAUUGUGAAGAUGGCUUACCAGAAACCGACAGAGACACAGAGGUCCAUGAACUCUUGUGCUGCGUUUCAGAAUGAAACUUCCAAUAUCAACUCUUCCAGUCUUCAAGCCGGUGAUUUCUCUUGGCCACCUAAAAUGCAAGGAAUUCUUCUCUCCUCCUACUACUAUGGUUACGCCAUUGGGCAAGUGCCAGGGGGAAUAGUAGCCGGUAAAUUGGGCGGGAAAACUGUCAUGGGUCUAUCAAUGAUCAUCUCUGGACUUUUGACUCUUCUAACACACAUUGCGGCCACGGCUCAUGUCGUUUUUCUGAUCACCGUACGAGUACUCGUCGGAUUGUGGUCCGGCGCAAAUUACCCGGCGGCUAUGGUUCUAAUGGGAUACUGGAGUUAUGAAAGCGAAAACACAAUUCUUCUGGCUCUAGCAACGACUGGGUCCAAGAUUGCUCCUGUGGUGUCUCAGAUUGUCAGUGGGAUCCUUGCCGACCGUCAGUUCCUAGGAGGAUGGCCGCUGGUGUUCUAUUUUUGGGGCGUAGUCACGCUACUGUUUGUGCCAUUUUGGUUCCUUUCGGUCAAGGAGAAACCUGAUAAUGAGUCUUUGACUGAAGAUGACCUGGACGCUUCUUUGACGAGGAAAGAGCUGUCACUAUCUGUAGACUUCAGCAAGGAGAUUCCGUGGAGUCAGAUUUUCAAGAGUCGCAAUGUAUGGAGUUGCUGUGUGCUUCUGUUCUGCACUGAUUUCAUGUACAGUCUGUUGAUAACUAUAGUGCCCAGGCAUGCCAAUUGAUAAUUAACUUUAGGCUCUCAAUAUUUGUUAAAAACUGAAGGAAAAAAGAGAAGCCGAAAAAGAUUCUAAACCUAAACAAUUAAACAAUGCAGAGUAAGUAGCACACAAACUGUUGAAAAAAUCAUCGAAACUAAAAAAAUACAAGGAUAUCCGGUUACAGCACAGAAUAUUCGGAACAUAGCUUUAUAAAAUACAAAAAUGAGGUUUUUUUCAUAUGAGUGUUGUUUUUUUUCUGCGUGGAGUGAUAAGAAGAUCUGACCGAAAGAAAUGCAACUUGGGCAUCUUCGACAUUCAUAGUAAAAAACUGUUUCUGUCGAAAAAUGACUCAAAAAACUUUCGUUGAAUUUAUUAAUAUUUUGAUUUACAAAAUGGCGCUUACACAUAACUUUUUUAAUCCAAACCAAUUUUUCAUGUCAAACCAAUUUUUCAUGUCUGAAAUUAAGCAUAAAUAACCUACUGCUCACUCGUUUAAUCCCUCAAUUUUAAACUAAAAUCAAAAUUCUUUAAAGCUGUCUUUCCAGGUGCUGGGCCAACGUUUUGAAAAUUAUUAAAAGCUGUUUUUCCAGAUACUCGGACAUCGUUUUGAAAGUUACGCGUUUCAAGCAGUUCAAUAAACUACUAACAAUUUAAUUGCAUCAAUGAAAAAAUGGGUAAAAGAAGAGUUAAUUCUUUCAUCCGCUCCUCGCUAAUUUUGUCUGAACAACAAAAAUAACCA